AUGAUGAUUAAUGGCUUUAUACGUGAUGAGGCAAUAGUAUUAAUUUGGUUAACAUGGUUAUUUCAUGGAAUACUAAGUUCAAAUACUGCUGGAAGAGCAAUUUGUCCUGUUGGUUGGACUCCUAAUAGUGAAAAUACUCGAUGUUUUAAAGUUGUAACAUUUGAUAAGCCAAGAACAUAUUCUUAUGGAUUUAGAGUAUGUAAUGAACUAGGAUCUACAGCAGUAACUAAGGCAAGUUACUUAGGAGAAGCAAAUAUGCAUGAAUAUCCAGUGACUUUAGCAACAGUACAUAAAAAAACAGAUGAUAAAGCAGUAAAGAGAGUUUUGAAUGAAUUUCCAAAUACAUACAAAACAGCCAAUGGAUGCUUUGUAGGAUUAAGGAAAUAUACUUUAUUUAGGUAUCCACCAGGUUGGUAUUGGAUAGAUGAAGAACAUCCAGUUUCUAUAAAAGAUAGUGAUAUAACUUGGAGUUCCAAUUAUUCAGCAAAUUGGUUGGUUAAGUUGACAUUUCCUUUUGAAAAGUGUGGUUUUUAUGAUGAGGGGGGCCUUGGAAGGAGGCCUUGUUGGCUUAUAGACUCAGAGUUAUCAUGUGCUAUUUGUGGAACUGUAGCAUAUGAUUCUGGAGGGGGCCCUCCAGGAAAAUAUUCGGAAUUGAUUCAACAAGUUGAUGAAAUAUUUAAUAAAGAACCAAAAUUUGAUAUUCCUCAGUUUAGUAGUUUAAAUUGUUCAGAUUUAUGGUCAAAUAAUGCUAGUACAGAGCUUUGCAAUGAUGUUUCAAAUAUUAUUAACAAUGCAUGGAUUUUAAAUACUCAUAGUAGUACUCCAAAUAUAAAUUUUGAGUGGAGAGAAUCAAAAUAUGGAGAGGGAAAUCUUCUUAAUUUUAAUAAUACUACUAAUCCUCAUGAUAUUAGGUUAAAACAGGGCAAGUAUUCUUGGUCAUCUUCUGAAAAUAUUUCCGAAAAUUCGGAUUCAAUGGUUUUGUUACCUGUAGUAACUAGUCAAAAAUACUAUGGUCUUGAUAUUAUAGAAAAUAAUAAAUAUUCACAUAUGUCAAGAACUUCUACAAAUACAGUUAAUAGUGAGUUUACAAGUAGAACUACAAUCACUACAGUAGCUACUAGUACUAGAACAGCAGUUACAACUACAACUACUACAACUACAACUACUACAACUACCACAACUACUACUACAACUACAACUACUACAACUACUACAACUACUACAACUACUACUACAACUACAACUACUACAGUCAGUAGUAAUAUUGUAACUACAAUAGAAUAUACAAGUGUACCAAUAGUAAAUACUUUAAAUUAUAUUGAAAAACAAUUAAUAAUUGGAUCUUCUGAGCCAAACUAUGAAAGUAAAGAUAUGUUAGAUGAUUUAUCAUUGAUGGGAUUUGGUGAAGAAGAAAAUGAGAUAAUGAGUCAGUACUCUUUCCCUUAUCACUCACAAGAAAUAUUAGGAUACCAAGAUGACAUAAAUACAACAGUACAGGUUGAUUUAAAUAAUGAAUCAUUACAAAAAUUAUCUGAUAGACCAGCAAAUUCUGCAUUAAUUAUAGGGUCAUCUGUUGGAGGUGCAGUUGCAUUGGGUUCAAUUAUAUUGUGUUGUGUAGCAUGUAGGAAUAAUAAAGAUAAUGAUGGAGAUUUUAAUAGUGAAAAUCAAGGAAAUAUUCAGAUCAGUAAUAUAUCUAUGGAUUCAUCAAUUAGAGAAAAUUCUUUGGAACCUGCAUGUAGUGAUAGUGUUCCAGCCUUUAUGAUUAUAGACAAAUCAGUAAAUCAUAAUGUAAAUUUAACACAAUCAGAUCAAAGUGUUAUUUCAAUUGAAGAUACAACAUUUUCACCUAUAUAUACAACCCAAAAUGGGACUCCUGAAACUGGGAAACCUCAGUUUUGUGUUGCUCAAUCUCAAGCUACAGCAUUAAAUUUGCAUUCAAAUAACAAUAUAGCUAUUCAUUAUGAUACUAGAGGUCAAAAUUUUAAAACUAAUGCAUUAAAAAGUGCAAAGUAUCACGAAUUUUACUAUUCUCAAGGUGGGGACAGUAAUUCCAGUAAAUAA